AGUGUUUGAGUUUUGAAGGGUGUGUGACCGUGAUUAGUCGCCGGCGCCGCUGUGUGCCGCUCAGGAUGUUGCAGCAGCAGGCUCUCACUGGCAACGGGCCCUCUAACGGCCGGGGCCUUGGCCUGAGCUCUCACCCCAGUAUGCACCCACUAAACUCGGUUCAUCCAUCUUCCCACCACCGCUCCGACGGAGACCCGGGCCACGAAGGCGCAGAAAAUGGACAUGAAAGCCGCAGAGACAUUGGUGACAUAUUGCAACAAAUCAUGACCAUCACCGACCAAAGUUUGGACGAAGCGCAAGCAAAGUUAGUCAUAAUUUUUACUAACUUAUUCAGAUUUAGUUACACCUUGCUGCAAAGUGGCUCAAUGCCCAAGAGUUAGCUAAAGUUUUCAGAAGUUUUCAAAAAAAUAAUAACUUUGAAGUGUUUUACUUAGCAAGCUAGGUAGCCAACGUUGCUAGCGAGCUAACUGGCUUUGUUUCAUGAUACGUUGUUUAUUAACUGGUUAUUACUUCUUCCCCUGGCCUUUUUACACGCCUUUUGGUGUGAAAUUUAUAACAAACUAUUUUUUUUGGUGGCAAACUCGGAAGAGGGUGAAUUCUUGCUAAGCUAAAACUUGCCAGUUAGUUAGUUAGCUAGCUAGCUAUGCUCUAUUGCUUUAUUGUUAGCUUGCUAACUAGCUAAUAAUGUGUUACUACUAACGCGAUGGCCGGUUAGAUUUACAUGUAUAUGAAUAGCAAGAUAUUAUAAACGGACUGUGGCCAUAAUCUUGACAUUAUCCAUUUCAUGUUACAUUUGUUCUACGAAUAAGAUGUUAACAUAUUAGCUACAUAUUGUAGCUGCUGCUAGCUAUAGCAUUAUGUGGCUAAAGUUAGCAUAGCAGGCUGCAGUGAACUCCACGUCCAAAUGUCACGAACAACAGAGCCGAUGUUUGUUGUUGUCGUGAAUGUCAUCUAGCUAAAGUUAGCUAGCGAAAUCAAGCGUGUGAAAGCAGGCAGCUAGCUAACUAAACAAAUAUUUGUCCGUUUUGUUGGUGCUAAUUGCUCGUUGCUAAAUAGCUAACUAGAUAAACUAGAUAGCUAGCUAAUAAUAACAAUCAUAUUUUUUUCAAUCUUCAGAAAACACGCAUUGAAUUGCCAUCGAAUGAAACCAGCUUUGUUCAGCGUCUUAUGCGAGAUCAAAGAGAAAACAGGUAAGUUCAUUUUAACUAAUUGAAACCCUUUGUUUGAUUUAAAACGUGUAGCUAAUUCGUUUAAAAGUUUCUGACCAUCUGUGAUGAAAACAGAGGAAGAUGUUGGCUCCAUCACAAUAAUAAUGAGUUGUGCAUGAUCCACGCAGUUACGUUAGAUUACUUUUCUCAUUUUGCCGCAAGAUGAGCCUUCCUUUAUUUGUUUCAUCCACAUAGUGCUUCUCCAAGUCUACCUCAGAGGGAGAAUAUUUUAAUAUACACUGAAUAAAAAUAUAAACGCAACAUGUAAAGUGUUGGUACCAUGUUUCACGAGCUGAAAUAAAAUAUCCCAGAUAUGUUCCAUAUGCACAUUUCUCUCAAAUGUUGUGCACAAAUUUGUUUACAUAGCUGUUAGUGAGCAUUUCUCCUUUGCCAAGAUAAUCAAUCCACCUGACAGGUGUGGCAUAUCAAGAAGCUGAUUAAACAGCAUGAUCAUUACACAGGUGCACCUUGUGCUGAGGACAAUAAAAGGCCACUCUAAAAUGUGCAGUUAUGUCACACAACACAAUGCCACAGAUGUCUGAAGUUUUGAGGGAGCGUGCAAAUGGCAUGCUGACUGCAGGAAUGUCCACCAGAGCUGUUGCCAGAUAAAUUAAUGUUAAUUUCUCUACCAUAAGCUGCCUCCAACGUCGUUUUAGAGAAUUUGGCAGUAUGUCCAACCAGGCUCACAAAAGCAGACCAUGUGUAACCAUACCAGCCCAGGACCUCCAGAUCUGGCUUCUUCACCUGCAGGAUCGUCUGAGAACAGCCACCCGGACAGCUGAUGAAACUGCGGGAAUUCACAACCAAAGAAUUUCUGCACAAACUGUCAAAACUGUCUCAGGGAAGCUCAUCUGCGUGCUCGUCGUCCUCACCAGGGUCUUGACCUGACUGCAGUUCGGUGUCGUAACCGACUUCAGUGGGCAAAUGCUCACCUUCGAUGGCCACUGGCAUGCUGGAGAAGUGUGCUCUUCACGGAUUAAUCCCGGUUUCAAAUGUACCGGGCAGAUGGCAGACAGCGUGUAUGGCGUCGUGUGGGCGAGCGGUUUGCUGAUGUCAAAGUUGUGAACAGAGCGCCCUAUGGUGGCGGUGGGGUUAUGGUAUGGGCAGGCAUAAGCUACGGACAAUGAACACAAUUGCAUUUUAUCGAUGGGAAUUUGAAUGCACAGAGAGACCGUGACGAGAUCCUGAGGCCCAUUGUCGUGGCAUUCAUCCGCCGCCAUCAUCUCAUGUUUCAGCAUGAUAAUGCACAGCCCCAUGUCGCAAGGAUCUGUACACAAUUCCUGGAAGCUGAAAAUGUCCCAGUUCUUCCAUGGCCUGCACAAUGUCACCCAUUGAGCAUGUUUGGGAUGCUCUGGAUCGACGUGUACGACAGUGUGUUCCAGUUCCCGCCAAUAUCCAGCAACUUCGCACAGCCAUUGAAGAGGAGUGGGAAAACAUUCCAGAGGCCACAAUAAACAGCCUGAUCAACUCUAUGCAAAGGAGAUGUGUCGAGCUGCAUGAGGCAAAUGGUGGUCACACCAGAUACUGACUGGUUUUCUGAUCCAAGCCCCUACUUUUUUUUUUAAGGAAUCUGUGACCAACAGACGCAUAUCUGUUUUCCCAGUCAUGUGAAAUCCAUAGAUUAGAGCCUAAUUAAUUAAUUUCAAUUGACUGAUUUCCUUAUAUGAACUGUAACUCAGUAAAAUCUUUGAAAUUGUUGCAUGUUGUGUUUAUAUUUUUGUUCAGUGUAAUAGGAGACAUUGUAACUCUUAAUUUACCAUGAAUCAGAUUGACAGACAUCUCUUGUUGCAGGCCUAUCAAUGCGAAAUGCUCAGGAGGAAGAAUCACAGGACCCACAGCUGGUGCGAUUGGACAACAUGCUGCUGGCGGAGGGUGUGGCUGGGCCGGAGAAAGGUGGCGGGGCGGCAGCGGCGGUGUCUGCAGCCACCAGCUCCGGAGGGAUGUCGCCAGACAGCUCACUGGAGCACUCAGACUACAAAAGCAAGUUGAGCCAGAUUCGCAACAUCUAUCACACUGAGAUGGAGAAAUAUGACCAGGUACUUUUCUAGUUUAUUUUUUCUUAAAGCAGUAGGGCAGUCCCACUCCUUUUGUAUUGUUUUUUGCUUUAUUGAAAAGAUAGUAAAGUGUUGGAAAGACAGGGAAGAUGGAGGGAGGGUGAGUCAAAGAGCAGUGGUUCGAUUCGAACUCAUAUCGACUCUGGCAUACAUGUGUGCCGGGGUCAGUCGCUGUACUUGAUUUGAAGUGGAGGGACUUGACACUUUGCACAUACUGAAAAUGACACCCUGUAGCGAAGUAAACCAAAAUGAGGUGAUGUUAUAAUUUAGGUGAGAGAGUUGAAGGUGAACAUAAAUGACAGACGUCAACAGUAUCGGCCCGCUAUUGACUUCCAUCCAUAUGUGUCUCCAAUCCCCCCUCUCUCUCCGUGUCUCCUGUAGGCCUGUAGUGAGUUCACUACCCACGUGAUGAACCUGCUGAGGGAGCAGUCGCGUACUCGACCCGUGUCACCCGCGGGAGAUCGAGCGCAUGGUGGCCAUCAUCCACCGCAAGUUCAGCUCCAUCCAGACACAACUCAAGCAGAGCACCUGCGAGGCCGUCAUGAUCCUGAGGUCCCGCUUCCUCGACGCCAGGUCAGUGUAUAACUCUGUUAUUGGGGUGACACAACACCUGUCAAAACUUGCCAUGACAGUGAAUGACAAUUCAUAUACAGGUAUCAUUUUUAUGAAAAAUAAAACAUUCCAUAAAUGAACAGUGGUUCAUGGUCAUACCACUCAUAUGUACAGUACAUAAUCAUGUUAUUAUGGUGCAGGUUGUGAAUGACUGUUGUGUGUCAAUAUCAGUUGUUACUGUAGUUGUGAAAUGUACACUUCUGCCUGGGUUGUAUGCCCACUCUCAACACACUCACCUUUGUGUUGUCAGGCGUAAGAGACGUAACUUCAGCAAGCAGGCGACGGAAGUCCUGAACGAGUAUUUCUACUCCCAUCUCUCCAACCCCUACCCCAGUGAAGAGGCCAAAGAAGAACUAGCCAAACAGUGUAGCAUCACUGUCUCUCAGGUAACCUUUCUUCAUAUAAUGUAUGUCUCUCUCUUUCUGUCCUUACUAUUAGCUCAUCAAUUGAUAUGUCCAUAUACUGUUGACCCAUUGACCAACCUCUUACUGGCUCUUUACCUGAACAGGUGUGCAACUGGUUUGGCAAUAAGAGAAUCCGCUACAAGAAGAACAUUGGGAAGUUCCAAGAGGAGGCCAAUAUCUAUGCCAUGAAGACGGCCAUCGUGGCGACACAGAACGAGGACUCUCCACACACACCCAACUCAACAGGUAAGAGCUGAGGAAAGGAAACCAGGCCUAGUGAUACACACGGUUUUGAGUUUAAGGUUCAAUUGGUAAUAGAAAUGGAUGGGUUGUUAGUGUUUUUGUGUUACGGAGCAGCAAGGGGAACUGCCCCUCUACUUCAGACUAUGCUCAAACCCUACCUUCAACCUGCUCUGCCACCUCUGGUCAGCUCCCACUCAUCCCAUUCAAAGCUCUUCUCUGUCCUGUGCAUCCCCCCCCCCCCCCCCCAACCUACCUCUACAAAGAGUACCUUGAUUAAUCCUACAACACCCCCCCCCCCCCCCCCCCCCCCCCCCAACACUAACAGCCUUGCCUUCUUUGGACUAACACUCGCGCUACUAGCACUGACUAUGGUGAUUACUUUAUUGAGGAAAAAUUACUAUGACUUCAUGUAUGCUAAUUCAAUCGUUAUGGAGCGGAGCGCAGACCAAGCGGUAACAGUUUGAACCCAACGCAUGGCGCAAUACUUGGCUGUGUCAUCACACAGUUCCAUGGUUAGGGCAGGCAAUAGACGAGGGUAUAGCCUACUAUUUUACACUAUUCUCCCUAUUAUAAUUACAUGUACACUAAUCUUCCAACAUUACCAUGGGUUAAAGAACUGAAUGUGCCAAUUUUCAGAAUGAAUCAAACCACCGUUUUCUUUCUUUUGUGCGUAAAGGCUCUCCAAACCUUUAAAAAAUUUUUUAUUCAUAAAUACUUUCCUAACCCUAAAUAAUCUACAAGAUCAGAGUAUUUUUAAAUCUACUAAUUGGUGCUAAAACGGAGACGAAUAUUCAUAUAUUUAUUUAAUUGAUCCCUAAUAUUCUAUACCCGUUCUCUCGAUAUAUUUUAUUGAGUCUGUCAACAAAAUUCUAACUAAAAGGUACACCAUAUUUAAAGGGAUGGCUUAAGAUAAAUGUGCUGAAAACCCUAUUGAAUGAAAACUCCACGAGAAAAUCUGUUGGCCAGCAGUUGGGAGGGUUUUCAGCGGUUGAAUUACAUUUAAUCAGAACCACGUCUGCAAAGCCCGUUACGCAACUGAAUAAGGUAAGUCUGAAUACCAGCUACUGAGAAGUGCGUAGGAAAGGCGUGCGUAAGAAAGGUGUAAUUUCCUAAGUGGGAAUCGGGCCUUUUGUGCUGUCUUGCCAACUCCUUGCCCAGACAGUAGAAGUCGGCUUUACAGCACAAACAGAUCUGGGACCAGGGUGAUGUUGUAGGCCUAAUAGCCCCUAUUAAAGACGUCUCCCCUUUUGUUCCUCCACAGGAUCGGGGGGCUUCUCUCUCACUGGACCAGACCUUUUCCUGGGAGUUCCGCCAAUGAAUGGAGAACAGCCUGUCUACAUGGGAGCGCAAGUAUGGAACUCUGUCAUUCACUUCAUGUUACAUAUCAUCUUUAUUUAUCAUCAGUACCAGGCCCAUUCUGGGUAGCUAAUUGAGAGCACAUUCUCAUUCACAACAACAACCUUGGGGAAGUUGUAUUGGAGUGGAGAGGGAUUAAUGUAGGUUAAUGGCACUACAAGUCACCACGUCUUUUUCGCCCCCUCUUUUUCUCUUUGGCAGACCAAUGGGAACUGGCAAGGACAAAACACGCCCCCCUCUGCCACUUCCCCGGGAAACGACCACUCUGGGGAUUCUGACUGAUGGUCACACCCCCUUUACGUCGAUGACAUAGAUGGAAAGAUUGACAACGGAAAAAGACUGAAAGAAUGAUAUCACUCUUACUUGGCUGCAGUUUUUGUAUGUCUUUUCUGUUUCUUACUGUCCGAUGAUACUGUUCAUUAUGUUUGUAUGAGUUGAAUGUGUGUGUGUGUGUGUGUGAUGUUUAGUUGGGAUCAUGGGUUUCGUUUUCCACUACUUUAUAUGUUACUGUGGUAUGUGGGCAGGUAGGCUUGGGAAAUUGCAUUACCAUUGUUUUAUUAGGCUAUAUUAUUAAUGCUGUUAUUACAACUAUUUUACGAUUUUUGUUUAAAGCUCAGAUAUAGUUGCAUUUAGAGGAUGUGGGGGCAAUAGAGAAAAUCCAAAGAUUUUGUGUUUGUUUUCUCUUUUCUACUGGGCUUGUGUGUGUGUGUGUGUGUUUGUCUAUAUCAUGAAUGAAGUGUGUGUGCUGGUUAUAUUAACGGUUUGAAUGAAUAUAUCAACUGUGCUGUCAUUCUGUACAGUGAGUGAAAAACACCUUUAUUCUCUACCUCUUUUACAAUAAAGACUCUGUAUUCAGUCA